GGCAACCCCACGCUCCUGGAGGAGCCGGCGCGCGCCGCGGGGUUCAGUCACUACCGGAAGUGACGUGUUUCACCUGCCAAGCGAGGGUGGGGUGGGACGGGGGUGCUGAGGUGCCGCCGCCGCCAGCCAGUCGGGAGCGCGCAGGCACCGGGUGACUGAAACCCCGGGUGAGAGCCGCCUACCUUCAGUUACCGCCCACGGCCGGGCUGCCACCAUGGCGCUUCUGCUGCGCUUCGUUCUCUUGUGCGGAGUCGCGGAUUUCACCAGAAGUUUGAGUAUCACGACUCCUGAUCAGAUGAUUGAAAAGGCCAAAGGGGAAACUGCUUAUUUGCCAUGCAAAUUUACCCUUAGUCCAGAAGACCAGGGACCACUGGAUAUCGAGUGGCUGCUAUCACCAGCUGAUAAUCAGAAAGUGGAUCAAGUGAUUAUUUUAUAUUCUGGAGACAAAAUUUAUGACGACUACUAUCAAGAUCUGAAAGGACGGGUACAUUUUACAAGUAGUGACCUCAAAUCUGGUGACGCAUCAAUAAAUGUAACAAAUUUACGGUUGUCGGAUAUUGGGACAUAUCAGUGCAAAGUGAAAAAAGCUCCUGGUGUUGGAAAUAAGAAGAUUCAGCUGACAGUUCUUGUUAAGCCUUCAGGUAUAAAAUGUUAUGUCGAUGGAUCAGAAGAAAUUGGAAAUGACUUUAAACUAAAAUGUGAACCAAAAGAAGGUUCACUUCCGUUACAAUAUGAAUGGCAGAAAUUGUCCAACUCCCAGAAACUGCCCGCCUUAUGGUUACCAGACAUGAAUUCACCUGUUAUAUCUGUAAAAAAUGCCUCUACUGAGUACUCUGGGACCUACAGUUGUACGGUCACAAACAGAGUAGGCUCUGAUCAAUGCCAGCUACACCUGAAUGUUGUUCCACCUUCAAAUAGAGCUGGAACAAUUGCAGGAGCUAUUGUAGGAAUUUUGCUUGCUCUAGUGCUCAUUGGUCUUACCGUCUUUUGCUGUCGUAAAAAGCGCAGAGAAGAAAAAUAUGAAAAGGAAGUUCAUCACGAUAUCAGGGAAGACGUGCCUCCUCCAAAGAGCCGUACAUCCACUGCCAGGAGCUACAUGGGCAGCAAUCACUCAUCCCUGGGCUCCAUGUCUCCUUCCAACAUGGAAGGAUAUUCCAAGACUCAAUAUAACCAAGUACCAAGUGAAGACUUUGAACGCGCUCCUCAGAGUCCGACUCUCCCACCUGCUAAGGUAGCUGCCCCUAAUCUGAGUAGGAUGGGAGCGGUGCCUGUGAUGAUUCCAGCACAGAGCAAGGACGGGUCUAUAGUAUAGAGCCUGCGUGCUUUCACCUCUGCUUUCCGUGGUUCUUUUCUCCUCUUCAAAUAGGAAGACUGUUCCGUUCUAAAUUCUGCUACCAGCCUCAAAAUAUAUCAAGAAGUUAACCAGAAACUAAAAAUUAUACUUUAGAAAGUUUUGUUUGGUUACUGAAAGAGUAAAGGCAUUGAAGUUACUAAAGACAGAUUCACCAACUGAAAAAAGAUUUCCUUUAAGAGAUUGAUAUGAUAGAUUUCUGAAUAUCAGUGCUUAAGAUAGAGCACUUUGAAUAUGAAAUCCUAGGGAAGAAUUGGUGAACUUACGUGCACCCUAAGUUGAUACUUGAAUCAUGUGAAAGUGGUACUCCCUGUUUUCUACCAUUAUUUUUAGGUUGCCUUUCUCAAUUUAUGAUCCGGUGUCCCCUCCAAAUUGGUAAAGAAACAUUCAUGGCAAAAAUACUUAAUGCCAUAUCUAUGUUCUUUUUAUAGCUUCUUUGGAAGCUUAUUUAAAUAUGAGUUUGAAAUAUCUCUAAUAACAUAGAAAACACUACAGUGUUCUAGAAAUUACUAGUUUUACUUCUGAAUCAUUCAUAAACCUUGUCUAUGAAAUGAUUUCUAACUAUUCAAUUGAUAGACUGCUAUAGGCAACAGGGACAUAGUAAUCUCUUUUAUAUCCUAAAAUAAAGGAGCAUCUCUCUGAUUCAUAUAGAAAAUUUGCUGCCAGCUACAUACAGCAAUGAUACUAGUUAGCGGUGCAGUAGUGAAUAUGGGUUUUGUUCACGAGUGAUCUGAUGCCUUGAGGCCCAUGGCCAUCUUCAGAACAAUGACCAGUCAGAACAAGGAUGGAAUAUUUUGCAGUUCCCAACUACAUAGUAGCCCUUGAGGUAAUAUUUUUCUAAUAAGAAAAAUUAUAAUUCACUUAUUAUUUGACAAUUACAGUUUGAAAUUCCCCGAUUAUUGGUUCCAAAUUGAAAAACUUUUUCCCUAGUUGGUUCAG